GUAAAACACCGAAAUAAAAUUAGGGUUUCACCAUUUUCAUCAAACUUCAGAGUGAUAGAGAGGCUUUUCGACGAGCGCGGCUAAAACUAGGGUUUUUCAUUUUCCUCUCCGAAACUCUCAACUUCCACCAUGGAUGAACAGACUGAGAAGGCUUAUUUGAAGCAACCAAAAGUGUUUCUAAGCUCGAAGAAAUCUGGAAAGGGAAAGAGACCUGGAAAAGGUGGAAAUCGCUUCUGGAAAUCCAUUGGUCUUUCAUUCAAGACUCCCAGAGAUGCCAUUGAAGGAACCUACAUUGACAAGAAGUGCCCCUUCACCGGCAAUGUUUCCAUCAGGGGCCGUAUUUUAUCUGGAACCUGUCACAGUGCUAAGAUGAACAGGACUAUUAUUGUUAGAAGGAAUUAUCUUCACUUUAUUAAGAAGUAUCAGAUAUUGUGAAUUUGUGAUACUAAAAUGUUUUAAUGUCAGCGACAAAAUGGUAUUUUGAUUUUGGGUAAGUUAACUUGUGCUGCAAGGAUAUUUGUUAAGUUUUGUUUUUUUAAUGAAAAAGAGGGUCAAAGAUCCGAGAAAAAAGAAA